AGUGAUUUUUUUUAAUCAGUCAGAGAAGUGGUGUGUUUUGCUGUUAUAUGGUUGACUCGUGUCGAAAUGAUUUGGAUAGAAUCAGUACUAAUGUCCGGGGGAUUAUUUUAAUCGCUUGUGUUAAAUGUGUUAUCAGUGUUCGGGCUAAUGCUGCUCGUCCAGUGUUUUUUUGGAGCUAGUCAGCUAGCAUCUGUGGGCUAAUGACAGCUACAGUGUAGCGUCUUAUAGCAAUAGCUCGCUAACGCUAAAUUUCUCACAAACACAACCACGGUAAUAUAUAAUCAGUUUAGAGGGUGAGUGAAAACAAUUUUUUAGCCCUCGUUGCACGAUCAUUUUCGAUGCAUGUUUUAGAAAGGUAACACAUUUCUUUUAUACUUGAUAAAAACAUACAUAUUUCAAAAACAAGAUGUCAGUGGAGCUUGACGUAUUUGUGGGAAACACUACCAUCAUGGACAAGGAGGUGUACCAGUUAUGGCUGAAUGGAUACACAGUGAACGAUGCAGUAAAGGUGAGGAUAGAAGGAGGCGUGAUGGAAGAAUGUGAGGCCAGUGCUGACGUCCUCCUGAGUGACACCAUGGACCAGUUCCGUACCUUCCAGAUGUGCGAGAGGCUUCUGCAAAAUCCAGCUAAACUAGCUAACCAGCUUCUUUUCCAGAUCCCUCCAGAUCGACAAGCCAUGCUGAUUGAAAGGUACUAUGCGUUCGAUGACACCUUUGCUCGUGAGGUCCUUGGAAAGAAACUCUCCAAAGGGACAAAAAAAGACCUUGAUGAUGUUAGUGCAAAAACUGGCAUUUUGCUGAAGAGCUGCAGGAGACAGUUUGACAACUUUAAGCGAGUGUUUAAAGUUGUGGAAGAACUUAAAGGCCCCCUGGUGGAAAAUAUAAGGCAGCACUUCCUGCUGCCCGACCAGCUGGCGAGGGAUUAUGCGGCCAUUGUCUUCUUUGCCAAUAAUCGUUUUGAAACAGGAAAGAAGAAGCUUCAGUAUCUCACUUUUCAGGACUUUGCCUUUUGUGCUGGGCAGCUCAUCAACAACUGGACAGUUGGAGCUGUGGACAACAUGGUGGAGGACAUGGAUGUGGAUCUAGACAAAGAGUUCCUUCAGGACCUUAAAGAUCUCAAAAUCUUAAUCACAGACAAAGAUCUUUUGGACCAGCACAAAAGUCUAGUGUGUGUAGCUCUUAGAGGAAAGACCAAAGUCUUCAAUGAGAUGGAAGCCAAUUUUAAGAAUCUCUCUAGAGGCCUUGUGAACAUUGCUGCCAAAUUAACGAACACAAAAGAUGUUCGCGAUUUCUUCAUUGAUCUUGUAGAAAAGUUUAUUGAGCCUUGCAGGUCGGAAAAAUGGACAUCAACAGACGUCAACCUCUACCUCACCCACUACACAAACUCUGCACACAUACUAGACAGUUUCAAGCACCAGACUGUCUGGACGAGGUAUAUGGGAGUUAUUAAAAGCUGCAUCCUCAGAAUGUAUCAUGAAUGAAGAAUAACAGUUCUUUGUUGUUCCUUUUUCUCCUCUUCACCCUUAAUCAAAACUGUUUUGGACUUAUCCCAACCCAGCUCGCAGUCUGACCCUGUCUUUCUUUUAAAUCCCCAUGUUCAUCAUUUUCCUCCUUUAAUCCUUACCCAAAUAUCUCCAACAGCUGGCCAACAAAUAUCUCCUGGACUCCCUCCUCCAACUUUCCCUUCCCUUUAUCCCCUGUUCAUUUCUUCACCCAUUGGCCACUGUUGAUCCAAGGAUUUGUAAAUAAACAGAGUAUUCUAUGGUUCCUCCCUA